CUAAACCCCAUUUUGAAAGCUCAAAACUUCACACACCAAGUAUGAAGGGAGCUUCAGUUUGAUCCUCUGCAAACACUAUUUUGGGUUUCUCUCUCAUAUUUCCCGCCAUUAAUUUUUGAAAAGGCUUUCUCUUUGGAGUUUCCAACACAACCGAUCUCUGCGCCCUUCGAAUCUCAAUUUGGGAAAUUGAGCUGAGACCCUAAAAUUGGCCAAUUUCAGGUUAUCUUCCUCAGCCAGUACCAGCAAGAGAGACGACAAUAUUUGGGUGUCUUGUCCAAGACUGCAUCAAGUGAUCGCAGUAUUUUCUUCUCAACAAUUUAAUAACAUGACAGAAGCCAUACACGCUGCUCUAAAAAUGGUGUGCUUUCUGAUCUAAAGAGACGGGAGUCUCUCUUUUACCCUUUCUCCCACGGUGAAGACAAUGAGACAUGGUGCGUUUUCCAAAACUCUCAACCGCUGCUGCAUGGAAUUCCAUUAUACGAGAAUCUGUAAACCAAAGCCAUCCCCAAAAAGUCCUCCUUCUCUUUCGUCAGAUGAAGCAAAAUGGUUUGGAACCUAACAACUUUACCUUUCCCUUCUUGGCUAAGGCAUGUGCCAAGCUCUCCAACCUCAAAUUAUCCCAGACCAUUCACACCCAUGUUGUAAAAUCACCAUUUCAGUCUGAUAUCUUUGUGCAAACAGCUAUUCUAGAUAUGUAUGUCAAGUGUAAUCAAUUGGGUGAUGCUUACAACCUGUUCGAGAAAAUUACCAUGAAAGACACGGCUUCCUACAAUGUGAUGCUUAUGGGUUUUGUGCAGUCGGGUUUUCUUGAUAAAGUGUUAUGUUUGGUCCAUGACAUGAGGUUUGCUGGGAUUCAGCCUGAUACAAUUACGGUUAUGGGGUUGAUUCAGGCGAGUUUGGCUACAAAGAAUUUGGAAUUGGUGAAAUCUAUUCAUGCGUUUGGAAUUCAAAUUGGGAUAGAGUGCGAUGUUUCGAUGGCUAAUACUUGGAUCUCUGCCUAUUCCAAAUGUGCUGAUUUGGAGUCAGCCAAGUCUGUAUUUGAUAGGAUUGACAUGGGUGUGAGGACUGUUGUCUCAUGGAAUUCGAUGAUAGCGGGAUAUUCAAACUCAAAUAAAUUUCUUGAUGUUCUAAAUGUUUACAAACAGAUGUUGUCUGAUGGAUACAGACCUGAUAUAAGCACUACUUUAAGCGUCCUUUCUUCCUGCAAUGAACCCAAUAAAUUGGUCCAAGGUAUGCUGAUUCAUUGUCAAGGAAUUCAACUGGGCUGUGAUUCUGAUAUUUUUGUUAUCAAUGACCUCAUAUCUAUGUAUUCCAAGUGUGGUGAUAUACUUUCUGCUAGGUUUUUAUUCGAUGGCAUGCAUGAUAGAACUUGUGUCUCAUGGACUGCUAUGAUCAGCGGAUAUGCUGAAAAUGGGAACCUUAAUGAGGCGCUUGAGUUGUUUCAUUUUAUGGAAGCAGCUGGUGAGAAACCUGAUUUGGUUACUGUUCUUUCUCUCAUUUCAGGCUGUGGUCAUACAGGAGCACUUGAUCAUGGAAAAUGGAUCCAUAACUAUGCCUUUUCAAAUGGGUUAAGAGACAAUACAGUAGUUUGCAAUGCACUAAUUGACAUGUAUGCAAAAUGUGGAAAUAUAAACAAUGCUCGAGAGCUCUUCUACACCUUGCCAGUGACAACUGUUGUUUCCUGGACAUCUAUGAUCGCAGGGUAUGCUCUGAAUGGUCAAUACAAGGAAGCUCUGGACCUUUUCUAUUUGAUGCUGGAGACAGGCAUGAAACCAAACCGCUUAACGUUUCUUGCUAUUCUUCAAGCUUGUACUCAUGCAGGUCUGCUUGAGAAAGGAAUGGAGUUCUUUAACAAGAUGACAGAAGUUUAUUAUAUGAAUCCUGGGGUAGAUCAUUAUUCGUGUAUGGUCAAUCUUCUUGGACGUAAAGGAAAAUUAGAAGAAGCAGUGGAGCUUGUUAAAAGUAUGCCAAUGAAACCUGAUGCUGGCAUAUGGGGUGCGUUACUAAGUGCUUGCAGGAUUCACCAUAACAUGGAGAUUGGUGAAUACGCAUUUAGCCGUCUCCUUGAGUUAGAGCCCCAGGUUGCAGUUCCAUAUGUGGAGAUGGCUAACAUAUAUGCAUCACAGAGAAGGUGGGAUGAAGUUGCUGCAUUAAGAACAGUGAUGAAAUUUAACAAAGUGAAAAAAUUUCCCGGGCAGAGCCUUGUUCAUGUUAAUGGGAACCCUCAUGUAUUUACAGUUGAAGAUAGUGGUCAUCCUGAAGCCUUAUUUAUACAUGCAAUGAUAGGUACUUUGGAUUUGCAGUUGAAAGAAGAACACACCACGCUCAAAGAGGUUGGUGACAUGAUUAAUUAAAAACUAUAUUUUCUCAGGAUAACACCAAAUGAUUGAUGAGCCGAUAUUUCAUUCAAAUAAUGAUAUUCUGUAGUAAAGAAGCCAAAGGGUAUCCUCUUAUCAAUCCAAACCCUAAUGGAGCUGGUGAUUUUGAGAGACGCUGUAUUUGAAGAAUCCUCCAAUUUUGAAUGUUCUUUAACAGAUGAAAGUUCAGAAAGCUUUAUUCCUUCCAAUCCAGAACCAAGUCCCAGACAUAUUGCCUUUGAUAUCAUAUUAUAUGCAAUUUGGUGCAAAAAGGGAGGAAAUUGGAUUAGAAACAAUUGGCACAAUCUUUACGUAAGCAGUUGAUGAUGAAAAGUUCCCUGAUGAUAAUUAUUUGACAUCAUGUGAAUCCAUCUAGAGCCAUGAGGAUUCAAGUCUCUAGUAACUUCAGUUAUGAAUUAUGGAUGUCUAAAAAGUUGUUUCUCAAGGAUAUAGCAAAAGAUUCAGGGCAGCACUCAGAGAGAACAAGGUCAAGUCUCUAGUAACUUCAGUUAUGAAUUAUGGAUGUCUAAAAAGUUGUUUCUCAAGGAUAUAGCAAAAGAUUCAGGGCAGCACUCAGAGAGAACAAGGAAUUGCUCCGGAAGCCAACACCAUGCUGAGCUACCAAGAAGAUUGUGGAGAUCUCAAUAUCACACUUCCAUACCAAAAUGAUUUUGAGGUAGCAAAACUUUCUUCCACCCAUCUAAGUGAUUUAACAAUCUUGGACUCUCCAAACAAGGUUACAGUCAUAGGUUGUGAAUACUCCUUUGAUUUUGUGAGAGGGACAAACAAGGCACCACCCAACAACGACACCAACAAUAGUCUGACUCAUGCAUCUUGUUCUAGUAGUAUUGGCUGUUGCAGUUGUUCCAUUCAGACCAUUCCCAGAGGCUUCAGGUCUUUCUUCACUGUGGAAGAAAUGAGCAUUACAGGAAACACCAGUAAUAAAAGAUGGAAUUCUUUUAGUCGGAGCGUGGAAAAGUUGCCUAAGAUAGGACGAAGUUUCUUGUUUGAUCACUCAUUUAGCAGUGAAGCAGAAAACCUUCUUAAACGUGGUACAGUGAGAAACCCGGAAGCUUAUGAUGGAAUUUCAAAGACAAGACGGGAAUUGUACCACAUUAAAAAUGGUAAAGGUUCCAGACCAUACAUCUCAGUCUUUCCGGUAAAUCUGAUUCUUGGUCUUGGCUCUUGUUUCUCAAUUCUUUUGUUUGUGAUAUCUGGGGUUUAUUCGAGUGUGAAGAAUCUAAGGUUUAUUAAAGUCAAAACCAAUUUCUUCAAGAAAAAUGGAGGGAUAUUGCUAGAGCAGCAUAUUGCUUCACAUGGAGAUGGAAUGACAACAAUAUUUACAGCUGAGCAGCUAGAAAUAGCUACUAACUGUUACCAAAGGAUUUUACGCGAUAAAGUAGUGGAGGGCCAAGGCGGGAGUUUUAUAAAUGAGAUUAUCGCUCUUGCCCAAAUGAGUCAUGAGAAUUUGGUGAAGUUCAUUGGCUGCUGUUUAGAGACUGAUGCUCCUAUUUUGGUUUAUGAACUUGCCUCUAAUGGAACCCUUUUUGACUGCAUUAAUCACACCAAUGGGAAAGUUACAUUGCCUUGGAAUAUCCUCCUAAAGAUAGCGUCAGAAUCUGCAGCUGCUCUUGCUUAUAUUCAUUCUUCUGCAGGAAUUCACUCCAAACACAUCAUCCAUGGCAAUGUCAAGUCUUCUAACAUAUUGUUAACUGAUAAUUUCUGGUUUUUGGCCUUCGAGGUUGGUCCCUGCUAAUGAAUCUCAGAUGGGCACAUUGCUUCUAAGGACACUAGGUUAUAUGGACCCAGGGUAUCUUUGCACAGGCCAACUGACAGAUAAGAGUGAUGUUUAUAGCUUCGGAGUCGUUUUGGUAGAGAUCUUAACCCGGGAAAAGCCUAUUUCAUUUGACAGACCAGAAAGUCAAAUAAUCAUUGCCUCUCAUUUUGUUUCACCCAUUGAAUUAAAAGAUGGUUUCUUUCAUGUUGUUGAUCCAGUAGUUUUAAACGUGGGAAAUCGAGAACAAGUAAGAGCAGUUGCAGAGCUUGCAAAGAGAUGCCUCCAUAUGAACAGUGCGGAAAGGCCCUCAAUGAAAGAAGUCGCCGGAGAGUUGCAGAGGCUGUCUGGCAUGUGUCCUACAGUAGUCUGAAUAAUUUUUGGCCAAAACAAUGAAGAGUUGUAGUAGCUUUCCUGGCAUAUGUGUGGUGAAUACUAAUAAAUUAAUGUCAGUUUACUAGAGUGUUUCUAUCAAUACUGAUGAAUGCAUUGGGACAAAAUUAAAAUAAUGAAGCGAUAAUAUCAAUGCAAUCUUUUGAGAUAAACACAAUGGGCUUGCUUGAUGAGGCUUUUACUUUGUCUGUUAGUACUGAGAAUCAUCGUCGAGUACCAGCUAGAGAGUUAUGCAAGCACAUAUGCUUGUGCCAAAUUGCCAAUUCGAUCAGUCUAGCUCAGGGCCUAUUGUUAAGAACAAGGUAGAAGAUUACAAAUAACUGCGUCACAACCUAAACUCCUCUGUAUGCAUCACUGAAAUUGGAUUCAGUAGAAGUACGACACGGUGGACUAUUGAUCUUUCUCUGGUACCAACCAAUUUAAGUGAAGUAGGAAAACCUCAUCGAUCAAGUUAGUGAUAAUGUUCUUUGAUCAACAAAAGAAGAAAUUUGGUUGUGGCACAAACAUUGGGGCACUCAUCUUUGGAUUAUCUUCAACUUUUAUUGUUCUCUCAGCGCAAGGUGUUGACUAGUAUUGUGAAACAUGUGUGUAAGAGCCAUCAAAUUCUCUGCCAGUGUGAGAAGAUCGAUUUACGUGAUUACGUGUUUUAUAGAUAAAUGCACUCGCAUGACUAGGGUUUAUUUGACGGAGCAACUAGCUAGCUAGAGAGAAGUUUAUCGCUCAUGGCAUUAUCCACCAAACUUCUUCUGCCUAUAUUGAUCCAUUCACACCAAAUUACUGUCGUUGGAGCGCAAGAGCCGGUAGUUGUUGGAAGUUGCCUGAGCCUUUCGCCGACAAAUGACAAUCACGUAGCUUCGAUCAAUUCAGUUUGUUGAAUUAUAGCUGAGCUUCAAUCCAUGUCUAAUUCAACUGAACAGAAAAACAGAAACAUAAAAAAAUAAAAAUAAAAGUUCCGGUGCCAGGAUUCGAACCUGGAAUUUAAGUUGAUAUUUU